UGACAGUUACAGCUGUCAUACAUGUCAACAAACCUCUGCUGUCUGCUGUCAUUUUGGAAAUUUUGUUGUGCCCAAACGACUCAAAUUCGCCGCAUGUGAACAAAAACCAACAUAUAAAAUAUACUACUCGCAAGAUAACACAAAAUUUGAAUUGAAACCCUCAAACAAACUAUAAAUAUGGUUCGCGUUAUUACUCAAGAGACUUACGAUGAAGUGGUGAAGGAAAACAUCGAUGAGUUUGAUAUGACUCCCGAAGAGGCUAUAAAAGAGGCCGUCGCCCAAUUUGAGGCACAGGGAGUAGACCUAUCAAACAUUAUUAAAGAUCUGGCCCUUGGCUCCGGAGACAAUCAUGUUGUUACAGAGAAUGUUUCGAAGCUGAAAGAACUCUGCAGCGGUAAAUAUGAUCAUGAUGCUGUUUUAAAAGAAUUGAGUGUUUUGAAGGCAGAAUGUGAAAAAGAUAUAGCACGAAGAGUCCGUGCUGGUAAAGAGGGUGCAUACAAAGUUUUAUUAGACCUCCUUUACUCAAAGUACAGCAAACUCUGCCAAGAACUGAGUGACCGUGAUACUAAGUUCAUUAUCAAUGUACUAGAAACGAUGGCUGCUUUGAUGGAUAUGCAACCUGAUUUGCUGGAUAGUAAAGGCAUCGAUUUGAUUAAAAAUAUUCUAGAUAAUGUAGAAAAUGAAGAUAUUUUAGUAGCCACAUUGAAAUGGACAACAACAUGCUGUGUCAAACAUGAGAUGAACAGGCAAAAGCUAUUUGCUAAAAAUAUUGCAGAAAAUCUCAAGCUGUUGCUCAAAGUCGUUGGGAAUUAUAAGUUACUAAGUGAGACUCUACAAGUGAUUAGAAAGUUAACUUUAGAUGAUGAUGUUCGCGUGGAGUUUGGUAAGGCGCACGACCACGCCAAGGAGUUGGGAGCGCAAAUGUUGGAGCCUCUUACAAAUUUAUUGAAAGAGAACACAAAACCUCCACUAGUAUCAGAGUUGAUGCUGACUAUAGCUAGUCUACUGGUUCGCCACGAGCUUUGCAAGAUGGUAGCGGAUUGUGGGGUCGAUGUACUGUUCACAGUCCUCGCUGAUAACUACGAUAAUGUCGUUGUGGUGCAACAGGCUGAUAAAUUAAUAACAGCGUUGGCCGGACAUGACGAUGUGAAGAGAGACCUAGUGAAAAGUGGCAUCGUCCCCGUUGUAGUCUCGAUACUUUCUAGACAUUCGAACAAUGCAAACGCAACAGCGUUGACACUCAAAUGUAUAGCCGCGCUGUGUCUCCGCGAGCCGACGCAUGGCCAACAGUUCAUAGAUAGCGGCGCGCCUGAAGCUAUAGUGGAAUGUAUGAAGGUGCAUCCUGAUAACGCUAGUGUGCAGAAAAACGCUUGCUGGGCCAUCCGAAACAUGGUAGCGAGAUGUCGCGAUCAGAAUGUGAAAUUCCACGAGUUAGGUGUCGAGUCUAUACUCAACGCGGCCUACGAGAAAUUCGCCAACGAUUUUGGUUUUGAUAUUAAGUCUGCUUUAAGAGAUUUGGAGUGUGAUGUCAAAUUAGAUGAACAGUGGACCGGCCAAGGGGUCCAGUUGGAGUAUUGAUAGACUAUCCUUAGACAAAAGUCUAUUUAUUCACCUGCCUACUAAUAUAUUAUUAAUGUGAUCAUCACCAUCGAACUAUUGAGGAAAAAACACAAUUAAUUGUUACGGCUUACAUAAAAUUUUCGAGCAAAGCUCAACCAAUUUCAAGUCACACCGGGGCUCUUAUGAGUGCGCUCGGUCGACUAGUUAUGACGGAAUUACGUAUUUUUGCAAUUGUUUAAUAAUAAUAUUGUGAAAGUUUUGUAUGUAUGUUUGUAACUGUACCACGUAAAAAUUACUGCAUUUGUAUUUAUAUUAAAUUUGGCACAGGAUGAUUGUUUGAAAUAACACAUAAUGAUAUGUUUUUUACUUUCAUAUUGUUUAUUGCAUUCCAUAAUGUACCUACAUGAGGUAGCUGAGAAAGUAACAUUAAAAAUAAUUUUAUAUCACAAUUCGCCUAUUAUAUUUGUAUGCAAGCUUUAAAUUUAGGACUAUAUGCCUUUGAAAUAUACUUUUUCUAACAGUGAAGCGAUGAAUUUAUUUCUGUAAAUAGGACAUAAAACAGCACUUUUAUAAAAUAUUAAAAAAAUCAAGAUGAAUCCGGCUUUUCCUAUCUGACUGCUAAGAGAAAAAAUGUCGAAACAAACUAAGAUAUCACAGUAUUUUAGUUGUUAUAAAAAAAUAGUUUUUUUUACAUUAUGACAGCGUUUUCGGUAAUAUUCUUAUUUUUUUUUUGAGAUGCACAUCCCUUUAUUCUGGUUUGUUUUUUUUUUAUAUGCAGUGGCGAUUACGUGUUUUACAUAAAAAAACAAAUACCUAUACACAAAAUAAUAUUCAAUUGGAUUCAUAGUUUCCUUCCCCUGUCCCUAAUUCUCCGAAACCGUAAUCCCCAAAAGUUCGGCAACGCAUUUGUAACUCGUUUCUCGGUUGUGAUAAAACUUAUUUUUAUAUUGUUGCAUUAAGUUGAAAUAACGUAUUAAUAUCAAUGUCUCUUAAUUAAAGGAGAAAUAUUCAAAUGUAAGAAUGUAUCGUCUAGUUUUCAAAUAAGCCCCUUGUUAUAGAUGUAGAGGGCAUGACUAGCACAGGUGUGUGCUAACACCGUCUACGUCUGACGUACUGACUGGAGAACUGGUAGCUGCGCGAAAAUAGUACUUUAUGCUACAAGUGUUAAGAUGCCGAUGACAGUAAUCAUUAAUACGCACGUGUAUCAUACGACGUUUUUCAACACACUUCUGAAUAAAAUAAUACUUAAAUGAAUGCCAACAAAAGAUAAAACGGGAUGAGUUGUGAAAAUUUUUCGUAAUGGCGGGAAAACGACGUUCAUCAGCCAUAGACUUAAAAAAUGAGGUUUUUUUUCCUAAUUGUCGCGAAUAGUAUUUUAGCGCAAGUGUAAGCGUAACUCAACCAAUAAUAUAAAAAAACGAUUAAACACUUGUGAAUAAUAGUAUUGAAAAAGUCAGUUUGAUUAAAGGUGUCAUUUUGUGCCUAAUUGCCGUGAGAUUAGAGCCAUUUUAUGAGGAAGUGUGUCGAAAAACAGCUUUUACUACUACUAGACUCUUUGGAAACCAUGGAUAGCCACUAAGGUCUUCGGUUAAUU